CGCUAAUGUCAACUGUCACUGUCAAUAUGAAGUUACUGUUGAAUAAGAGGUAAGAGUCAGUAAAAUGUAGUUUAAACAGAAGAUGUUUUUAUAUUUAUGUUGGCACAUGUGAAAUCGGCCAUUUUGGCUCUCUCUUCUUCUUCUUUUCAAAUAGGUUACGAAGCGGAUGUGUGUUUUUGUGUCAUCGUGGAUAUAGCCGGUAAUUUAAAAUAUAAAAAAUAAAAAAUAAGUGAUAAAAAAGUUGACAACGAAAUCCCGUAAGUAUUCCUUUCGUUCUAAACUAACCACCGACUAGUAAUUAUAAUUUGCGCGACAUCGCCAACAAGUCGAAUUGUCCAGUCACGAAUCGACCCCGAUCUCACACAAACACAUCGUUUUCUCUAAUCUCUAAUCUAAAUUCACACCACAACGACCCACCACCGUAGCUUUUAAUUCGUCCUACCCCAAAGAAAUUGCUUAUUUUUAUUUACACGAACGUACAAAUAUCUAGGUUAUGGCCGAUAACGAAGACUUGGGUUUAGGUGACGACCACAUCGAUUCGUUCGACGAGGCGAACGGUAUGCACGACGAGGUCCUCCUAAACGACGCCGACGGAGACGGCAAUGCCGCCGACGACCCCGAAAUGGAGGCCAUCAAGGCCAGAGUGCGCGAGAUGGAAGAGGAGGCCGAGAAGCUCAAGCAGCUACAAAGCGAAGUCGACAAGCAAAUGAACAUGGGCAGCCCCCCCGGCUUGACGAGCCCGUUGAACAUGUCGCUGGAGGAGAAAAUGGAGGUGGACAAUCGCAGCAUCUACGUGGGCAACGUGGACUACGGGGCGACGGCCGAGGAGCUCGAGCAGCAUUUCCACGGCUGCGGUUCCAUCAAUCGCGUGACGAUUUUGUGCAACAAAUACGACGGCCAUCCCAAGGGCUUCGCCUACAUCGAAUUCGGCGACAGGGACUCCGUGCAAAUGGCCAUGGCCAUGGACGAUUCUUUAUUUAGAGGAAGACAAAUUAAGGUGAUGCCGAAAAGAACCAACAGACCGGGAAUAUCGUCGACCAAUCGGCCGCCCAGGGGCAGGGGAGUGUUUAGAGGAACGCGCGGGGGCGCCAGCAGAGGUUUCUACGCGGGAUACAGGCCGAUGCGCCGGCAGAGGGGUUUUAGACGAGGAUAUUUUGCUCCCUAUUAGCGAGGAAAAAAUAUUCUUGUAAAAAAAUAUAAAUCACCCUCAUUAUUUCCUAAGAAAAAAAAUAAUAAAAUAAAAGAAAAAAGAGGACACGAAAAAAAAGGGAAGAAAAAAAAGUGGAAAAAAACAUUUUGUGAUUUUAAGUGUAUUUAAGAAACGAUUGAUUUUCUUAGUUUAAACAAAAGAUAUUGUUUUUUUUAGUAUCGUAAUUUUUAUUUGACGUUCGCCCCUAAGCGAAAAUUUAAAUGAUCUGUUUGAAUUUUUAUUAAUUCCUUUACCAGUUUUCAGGUACCCCUUAGUAUUUCUAAUGGAUUUGUUUUUAUUAUGCAAAACAUGAAAAAAUGUAUUGUCAAAUAUUCAAAUAAAUCAAUGAGAACAUUCGAUUUGUUUGCUUACAAAAUGUGGUUCAGUAAACGCACAGUACAUCGUUGAAUGGAAAUUUGGCAUGGGCCGGUUGGGUGAGAUCCGCCAAAAAGCAAGCAGUCCCGGCCAAGCCUUCGAAUAAACUGUAAGGAUAAUCCGGAGUACGAGCGCCCAUUUGAAAUUCACCGGUAUUCAUGAAACUGUAAAACUCCAACGCCCUGUGCAGGUGCUUCGGAUCCUUGGUCAUCCUAAAAACAAAUAUUGCCUAGCGAAAUUCAGAAUAACUUGACUCUAUCGAAUACCUGAAGAGUAACAGGAAAGCGUAACCGUUUCCGGCAACCCCGUGGCACAAACCGGGCCCCUUUUUCAACAGACCUUUCUCCCAGAUUAAAUCCGCCAUUUUGAGGCAGGAAUUGAGGUAUUUCUCCUCCUUGAAGGUCAUGUAAGCUUUGGCCAUCAGAUAAAUGAUGCCUCCUGCUCCAUGACACCAAUGUACCAGUUUCGAUUGGUAUCCUAUUUCAUCCGUUGCAGAAGGGAAAUUACCUGAAAUUGCUUAUAAAAUCGAUAUCGAAUGAGUUUAAUACAAAUAGUACCCUGUUCGUCUUGUAAAUUUAGCAAGUAAUCGAUGCUUUCUUUAAUACUUUUGGCCUCUUGUGGGUGAGAAUCUAAGUAACCUGGUACGGUAAUCAGUACCUAAAAUACCAAUAAUUAUAUAAGGGACUAUUAUCGUUAAGCGACUAGACGAAUGCCUGUAAAAUCGAGCUCAAUCCGUGCGCUGCACCUAAAUACUCGACUUGGUAAUAGGCGUACAUCAAAGGAGACUUUGAUUUCUGCUGUAAAGCAUAACAUCUACCAGAGUGCACGAUAACGUCGCAAAUCUCGUAAAUAUCGCUCGUUCUAAGAAGUGUUUCCGUUUCUUUAGCCAUCCAAAGAGCCCCCAAAACGUACCCUAAAGCAUUUCAAUAGUACAAUCAAGCAGGCUACAAUGGUUGGUUCUAUAUCGAGUACCUGCCCUUCCUACGAACAAUUCAUCCGAACCAGCGGCCAGGAAUUUGGGUUGUUUCACCGUCUCGGCGCAAUCGUAGUACAAUUGGAUGUAUCGAUUGCUUUGGGGCUCCUGCCCGAUGCAUUUGUAUAUGCAAGCAGCCACUGCGUACACUCCGCAGUUGCCGAGUAUAAAGGACGGGGCCUCCUUGGAGUCGGUCGUGACGUUACCCACGGCCGUCAGGGCCGGUCUGAGGUACUGCACGGCUUUGUUCAAGUACUUGCCAGCGUUCGGUUUGAGCCUCGAUGUCCUGCUCAAAUGGUAAUACAUGUAAGCGACGCCGGCCGUGCCGAGGUACAAUCCAUCGCCGGCGUUUUUGUCGAUGGGUUUGUAGCCGUUUUCUAUUCGCAACAGCAAGUCGUUGAGUUUUUCCAGGAUUUGCGGGGUGGGUAUGUCCGGAGCGGAGCCCCCUUUGUAAUCGGCCUUGGGAUUCGGGAAGUAGCGACUUCGGGCGGUCGCCAUCGAGCCGAAAAUCCUGCGAAACCUUCCAGUGAACGAGCUAUAGUCCUUCAGCAUUUAAUUCAGUAGCAUUUCUUGUUGGAAUUUGUUUACAAACAAAAAUUUUACCGCAUUAGUUAUGUCACUGUCAUUUUGUUUUGGAUGAUCUGUCAAACUACUACAUUUCUGAACGCACCUUAAAGUUAUAAAAAAGAAGAAAUACACACGUGACUUUAGUGACAUGACAUAUGACAGUGACGUUUAUUCUUAAAUUGAUAAAUGUGUCGUAAAAUUAUAAAAUAUCAAAUAAAUUAAUUGUUUUUUCGCUAAAGUUGUUAAAAUAAUGGCUGGUUGUGUUCCUUGUUUUGUUAUUCCACUGCUUCUGUUCAUUUUCCACCGAUAUAUUCAACCGAUACUGCUAAAAAUAUGGAAUCCUUGGGAGAAGUCGUCGAUCAAACAAGAAGGAGAAAAUGAAAAUUGUACAUUUAAUUGCGAUUGUAAGUGGAUGAAGAAGAAGGAGGUAGAUGUACAAGAUAAGGAAGUUCCACCAGUUGAUGAAAAACUUAAAUCGUCUUAAAACACUCGGAUGUAUUUAAUUUUCUUUAUUGUCAUUCCUCUACACGAAUAAGACAAAGUUGCAUUUUUGUGAGUUAUUACUGGCGUUUCCUGUAGUUGUUUUUGUGUUUAUUAUAGAGACUUGUUAUUUGACUCAUUUUGUGUGAAAAUAUGUAUUGUAUGUUAACCAAAAAUAGAUAAUAAAAUAAUUUACUUAUUUAUUUAACAAGCAAUAUAGAAUAUAUUGAUGCGUAUGUAAUAUAUUAACAAUUAUGUAUGCAGAUAAUAAAGAUUGAAUAUGAGUAAGUGCAAAUUUAUUUUGCAAUAUGGUCAUUUCUACUAGUUGAACAAAGAAAGAUUAUUAUUAAAAUAACUGGUUAGAGUUAGAGUGAGAAUGUUGCAAUGCCAUAAAAGCACUCUUUUUCUUUCCUUUAUAGGAGUGCAUGGAAAUUUGCACUUGUGUAUAAUUUAUUUCCAUUUUUUUCUUUAAUUUUCCCAAAUAAUCCGUCAGCUAUUUUUUCAAUCAAAAUUUCAUGAAUGACCAAUGACAAGUAGAGUUAUAACAUUUCCAAUACCUCAAACAGUUUCAUAUCUCUUAAGUUGUUUUUAUUUUUGUCAGAUUCGUUAGAACUAACUACAAAAUUAAAAAGAGCAAAAGCGCAAAAGCUCCCA